AUGCCGGAACGACAGACAUUAGCCCGCUGGAGUAGUCUGAACUCCAUCAACUACUUGAGUCACUACUUCGUGUUCCUUCUGUCUUCGUCUACGUCUUUCUUUGAAGCUACCCCGGUGCCGCACCAUACCUCGACUCUUCAACCAAACAUGGUCCUUGCACAGCGAAGGUACGAAGCUCUGACAGUCCUUGACUCCGACAAGCUUCAGCUGCUCAAUGGGAUUCCAAACACGAUCUUAGCCACCCUCGCGGCCCAGGACGCGAUCGGGCAGGUCACUGGUGGGUAG